UACAUGGGCAAAUUUCUGUGACUAAGUGUGUGUGUGUGUGUGUGUGUGCUGCCGGCUGGAAUUUCGCCUUCUGACGUCACUGCCUGUUACUAUCCUAGAUUUGGGAAAAAGAAGUUUCACUUUAAGUGGGGAUUUGAAAGUCUGUGAUUCCUAGAAAGAGAGAUCCACUUGAAAUUACCUGCUGCCUAUAUUGAGCAGUUCUGCACUGGUGGUGACACGAUUCUACAGCUGAUUCCUGAGGAAGAGACAGUCCUGGUGCUUGCUGGACACUCUGCGACGUCCUAAAACCUUCUUUACUGAAGCUGAAACUGUCCUGAUCCGGUCUGUGAUCACCUGGUGAUUCAUUUUUGCUCCUGAAAAAGAAUCAGAUUUCUUGACUCCAGAAACAUGUGGGGUGGCUAUAAUGAUGGUGACCAGCAAGGUCAUGUGAGUGCACGGAUGGAGACCAGCUUACCCAUGGGUACCACCAGCAUUUCUGUAUCCGAGCAACAGUCUCCGAAGAAGUUUGCUCCUGUUGUGGCUCCUAAGCCCAAGUUCAACCCCUAUAAACAACUUGAGGGAACACACGAGGGAUCUGGGGACUAUCCUCCGCCUCCUCCAUCUGCCAUUGACAUUAGUGGGCUCCCGUCCCCUUCCAGCUUCCCGCCUCCUCCGGCCAUGGAUGACACCUCCUUCGGUUUUCAGAUAAAAGGACCUGGGAAAACUAUAGAAGAGAGACGUUCCAGUCUGGACGCUGAGAUCGACUCCUUGACCAGCAUCCUUGCUGACCUAGAGAGCAGCUCACCAUACAAACCGCGCACGCCGCAGAAUUCUGCCAGCCCAGCUGCGACAGGCUCCAACGCCCCUGUUACGGGCUAUCGCCGCAUGGUCAUCCCAACCCAGCCCCCUUUAACCGCCACUAAAAAAUCCACCCCGAAGCCGCAGGCCUCUUCGACUAUCCCUCCUCCAGCUUCAUCUUCUCCACGCCCCCAAUACCAGCCUGCGCCCCAGCCUGUCCCAGCGUCCUACACCACCGCCUCUACUCCGAGCCAGCCAACCUUCAAUGUUCAGGUCAAGGCCGCCCAGCCUGGACCCCAGCAGCAGCCGGUCCGUGGUCCAGCCCAGGUACAGUACAUGCCGGCUCAACCCAGAGGCCCUGACUUUGCAUACGGGCCUCCUCAGCCGGGAUUCUGCCCUGCUCCAUCUGGAGGCUAUCAUGACCAGCACUAUGGUGGAGCUCCUGGUUAUGGGGGUCAGAACACAUGGAGAGCUGAACCGACUCACCACGCCCCUCCUCCAUCCACCCAAGGGUACCAGCCUGCUCCUCCGAAAAAAACCUACAUCACUGAUCCUCCUGCCAGCUUGGCACCCUUUGGCGGUGGGCCUUCUGUUCCUCAUAAGGGUCGUCCUGAGGAGGAACUGGAGCGCCUGACUAAGAAGAUGCUGUAUGACAUGGACAACCCCCCUACUGAGGAAUAUUUUGGUCGGUGUGCAUGCUGUGGGGAGAAUGUGGUCGGUGAAGGGACGGGUUGUACCGCCAUGGACCAGGUCUUUCACGUGCACUGCUUCAUCUGCAUGACCUGUGGUUCCAAGCUCAGAGGGAAGCCCUUUUAUGCUGUGGAAAAGAAGGCUUACUGUGAACCCUGCUAUAUUAACACCCUGGAGACCUGCAACAUAUGUUGUAAGCCCAUAAUGGAGCGUAUCCUGCGGGCGACUGGGAAGGCCUAUCAUCCCCAGUGCUUCACCUGUGUGGUCUGCCAUCGGAGUCUGGACGGUGUUCCCUUCACCGUGGACGCUGCCAACCACAUCCACUGCAUCGAAGACUUCCACAAAAAAUUUGCCCCUCGUUGCUCUGUGUGUAACGAGCCCAUAAUGCCAUCACCUGGACAGGAGGAGACUGUGCGUAUUGUGGCUUUAGACCGUGACUUCCAUGUGCAGUGCUAUCGUUGUGAGGACUGUGGCUGCCUUCUCUCUGAGGGAGACAACCAGGGUUGCUACCCUCUGGAUGGCCAUGUUCUCUGCAAAAACUGCAACACCAGUCGCAUCCAAGCCCUCACUGCCAAGGCUACAACUGACCUCUGAGUCACACACACAUGUACAUGCAGGUCCUUAAUAUCACUGCAUUCUAAAAUCUGAGAAACACCAUAUCCUGUCACAUCACUGCACACAAAUAUUUAUACCCAGACAAAUGCACAUGUACACAUAAAGCUGUCAUUCCACUUAGGGGCCAUGACUUGUCUGGUCACUCAUGCACCACACACUGUGCCUUUUAUUAAAAUUGCACUCAUUUAUUCUGCCCAACCCUUUUUAUUAGCAGAUAUGUAUUCAUAAAUGCAGGGUUGCCAACUUUGGGACUUUGGCUGGAGUGAGACUGUACAAUUUCAGUGCACCCACAGAGACAAGUUUUGGUAACACUAACCCUAAUUUUAAAAAUGCCAGUCCUUGUUUAUCAGUACCCUGAUUUAUGCAACAACAACAAAAAAUAGUAUGAAUUCAUAUAUAUAUAUAUAUAUAUUUUUUUUCAAAAUGUACAAUUAAUUUAAUGAUUGCACUAUAAAAGAAUAAAGAUAGAGGUGGUUAAAUAACAAAUAACAAACAUGUAAAACAACAACAUCUAAACAACAAGAAAUCUCAAAACAAAAGUGACAUAGUUACUCCACCUCCCCAGAAAACCACAACACACAAUUUUCACAAAUUAGGCCUGUUAUAUGUCACAGUGGUACUUGCUUUACUGCCUCUGCAAGAGGUUUGUAUCUGAAGCAGGGUUCGAUCCAUUAAUGAACUAUCCGUUCAUUGCGAGUCACGUGACAAAUGAACGAAAGACUCGGAAGGUAAAGUAGUUAUUUAUGUUCCCUGUAAUUUAUUUUGACUGCAUUAUAAGGAUUUCUUAAUUCAGAAUAGGAUAAAGACUGCGUAGUUGGAUGUGUUCGGGGAAUUUGACUGUUAAAAGUAUAACAUUUAAAGCCCUUUAAAUGAACAAGAUCAAACAAUCGAGUCAGUAAAAUGAUCCAAACUUCCCACAGUAUGCCAUCAAGUGACUGUCUGUGGUGUCAAUCUUGUUUAGGCCAAUAACUGAAAAGGUUCGCUCAGCAUCUGCAUUUGAGUGUGGCAGGCUCAACACAAUCUGGACCAAUUUUGAUAAUUUGGGGGUUUUAAAAAUGCCACUUAAUUGCCCGAUUUGCCAAAACGUAAUUUGUACCAUGAGUCUAUUUUUAUUGAGCAAUUAGCUAGCCCACAAAACGCACGUCCGACAACGUUUGCAACUAUAGUUGAAGUCUGUACUCUCGGCACACAGACUGAUGAGGCAAGGCUAAAAAAAAAAGAAUUUUGGCGUGACAUUUCUUGCGUGCUUGUGAAAGCGUGAGAUUGAUGCUGAAAGUGUGAGUGUCACGCCAGAUGCGUAAGAGUUGGCAACCCUGAUAAAUGUCCGCUACAGCUGCUUAUAUGCACCUAAACAAAGUAGGCCUCAACAUAUAGACAAGACUGUUAGAUUCUAACUCAGAUGUUCACAGAGCUGCAAAACAAAAAGACCUGUUCAUUUGGGAAGUGGGAUGUUGAAGAAAAAAAAAACCCUCAUAGAACAUCAUAGAAUCUACCUCUAAAAAGGGAACAUGCUCUCUGAUCGCUAGGCAUCAUAUUACUACACUUUCAAAUAGAGCUACUAGUUAUACAUGAAGUAUAAAAAUACUUAAAUACAAAAAUACUUGGAAGUUGUAAUUGCCCAUCAUUCAAACAUGGCUAUGUAGCAAAUAAACCUGAAAACUUGGAGAUUUCGUGUUCACCAAGAUACACAAGAUAUGACGGUAUAUAUAUAUGUAUAUAUAUAGUACGACCUGGACCUUGACUCCUGCUUCGUCAGCAUGUUUUUGAGUGUGUUUGUGAAUGCAUAGCCUCUCGAUUUACAUUUCUGAACUCCUUUGAGAUGAAAGUUACCAAAGAGCUACAUUUACUUUCUCUGGGACAGCGUGUAUGUAUAUUAUUGUAUGCUUUUGAAAUCUAAUGAGAAGAGUAUUUUAUCCUUUAAGGACUGUGAAUGGCCUUCAGUAGCUCAGAAGCAUAAAUACAUUGUGGUUCUUCAGUGAGGUUUCCUGUUUCUUCCUCAGUGUACCGCUUUAAUUCAAGUGAAUUUAGUAAGAAAUAUAUUGCGCUUGGAAUUUUGUAGUGGUUUGGUGUUAUUUUUCUUCUAAUUGCGCUCAGUUAUUGCAUUUAUUUGUAUAUCAUGAGUGAAACAUGGUGAAAGGGUAUAGGGAUCAAAUGUAUGUAUCUUUAGAUAUGCACAGUGAAUUGUGCAAUAAUGUCAUGGCAGAAUGAGAACUAUUUGCUAUUAAUUUAAAAUUCUCAGAGGAAAAGCUGUCAGAUUAGGUUUAAAGUGUGACAAUCAGGGCUGAAAGGAUGUUUUAUUUUAUAUAAUUUGAUCUAAAGGGCUGAUGAGACACAGCCCAAUAAUUUUAAAUAUCCUUAAAUUGUGAAUUUGUUGUAGUAUUAGUUCCAUAAGAUAGAGAUAGACACAUAAGUAUUAUUAAAAAUAGGAAACCAUUUAGGAUUUUUUUUUUUAAUUUGUGGAUGAUAUCAUUAUGCAAAUUUCUUCUUUGUUUUUGCAUCGACACUUUACCAAGAAGAAUAUGCAGACGUUUUUUUUUUUUUUUUUUUUAAAGAGAGAAAGUGUUCGAGCUGUUCUUAAAGCUACAGUGCACACAGUUUAGGAAAAUCUGAAAUUAUGUAUGUAUAUCUACAGAGUGUCAUAAUAAAUGUUGAGGUUUAGAGAGUUAACACCUCAGGAAAUUCCCAGUCGUAUCAGUGUGCUGCAGUGAUGCCCCAGGGAACUUCCUCUCUGGUUGAAGCGUAAAUUCAGAUGUGAAAGUCAUGAUAUAUAUGCAAACCGGAUAUAAAUACCUGGUUAUUUGCUCCUCUUGAUUUAUUAUGGCAGUUUGUGGAGUUUUUCAGUAUGUAAAAUAAAAUUUGCUGAAGCUUUAAGCAAUAAGAGCUUCAUCCGUGCUUUAAUCUCUACCUCCUUUGCUUAGUACCUUCUCUAUUUGUGCCUUUUCUAGCCUGUGUGAAACUGAGGUGGUGUUGUUCGAGCACAAACACUGUGGCUUAUGCUGUGUGUUGAGGGAUAUGAUUUUUGAAUGCUCUUUUUUUUUCCCUCCUGUUCACACUACCUAGAGGUUAUGCAUGUUUGCAUCUUGAACUGAACAUCUUGAUCUUUAUUUCCAGUUUUUAUAUAGAAAGACCAAAUAUUUUAAAACUUAGAAAUUAAGUGUAUAAUGUCUUUAAAAACAAUAAGAGUGUUAUUGAAAAGAGAAUUAUUACUGUAUUACUUGGCACAAUUCUUUUGCUUUACUACUUAAACCCAUCUCAAGUUCUUUUAUUCAAAUAGAUUUGAUUUGAAUUAAAGUUUCAUCUUUCAAGCAUUUAUUGCGCAUUUCAGUUGUUCAAGAUAAUUUGUUCUUUUCAAGUAACAUUCAAAAUACAUUAUACUACAUUUUCCAUUUGUGACCAUUAGCAAUAACUUGAUUAUAUGAAACUGUUGUCGCAACAAAUGCUUAAUACCAGCAUUCAAGUGCCUUGAAAUACAUGAUAUAGGACUGGUGGUAAGAAUAUUUGAGCUGUCAUCAAUAGGACAGUCUGAUGUGUUUUUCUUUUCCUUCAUUAAGAAAUAAUAACGUAAAAGGACCUAAUCUGUGCUCUAGUGACAUUCUAAGUAUAUACUUGGAUUCUGUUCUUACACUCUGAUGUUUUUCACAUAGAGCUUCUUCUAUAAUUAAUAAACCUUUUUGAAAAAA